AUUGGCCCCAACUUAGAAAUUCUAUAGCGCCAAAACAAUCUGCUCAAUCCUCCGUCGGCGGCCAAUUCCCGCUUCUCAGCCUCCGCCGCUUGCUAGAUCGUUGCCGUCAGCGUCACUCGGAUCUGGUUUCCAUCUCCGUUCAGCUUUCCAUUCCGGGGACAAGAAUGAAAGUGAAGCUUCUCCAUGGCAUGCUGUUGCUUCGUGGACCUGGGAUGCAAAAGAUGAAACCUGCGGGAUUUGCAGGAUGGCCUUUGAUGGUUGUUGUCCAGACUGCAAGCUCCCUGGCGAUGAUUGCCCACUGAUUUGGGGUCAAUGCAACCAUGCCUUCCAUCUCCAUUGCAUUCUGAAAUGGGUCAACUCGCAGACUUCUCAAGCGCACUGCCCUAUGUGCCGUGGGGAAUGGCAUUUCAAAGACUGAAAACACCCAUCCAGCAGCUGCUAUUAGCUUUCUUCUCUUUUGUUGUUGUGGUCAAAACAACGAUGGGUAUGUCAUCCAUAAGAUAUCAGCUCUUUCAGCACUUUCAGAGAGAGCUCUGAGCUACAGCCUACAGCUGAUCUUCAUUAUUGGGGAGGUACUUUUUCAAAUAUGACCACUUACGAUGUGGACUUCAAAUUCUUGUGCUUGAUCAACACUGACAUCUAUCUAGUCUUUCACCAAAUCAACACUGACAUCUAUCUAGUCUUUCACCAAAACACACAUCAACUUAGUGAAUCAAUCAUGGACAUAUGAAAAUCGUAGGCGGCAUCCUUCGCUCACUAAUCAUUUCUAUUCGUGCUUCCUUCCUGCCUUUGCAUAAAAUCUCCUGUCCAUGCUUUGGCAGCAGGCAGAUAGGACUGAGGUCCCAGGGGUAUGGAUUUAGAAGGGUAAGUAGGAGGCAAGAUCAAGUGAUUGUGGGUGGAAAAAAGCUCUAGUGUUUAAGAGUAUAUGUAGGUCAUACAUAGCACAAUGUAGUUUAGUGAAGAAAUAAUCUUCCUCUCUUGCUCCGCCACUUGUACCAUGUAGUUUAGUUGACAUAGCCGUUUAUGUGAUUUUUACACAUUACACUAUUUGGGCAAUGUAGGCAUCAGAUUUAUGUUUUCAUGAAUUUGAUGAUUGCCAUUUG